AUGGAUUCAUACAAGAAGGUUAUGAUUAUGGUGAUGUUGUUGGCCAUUGGUAAUGCUAAGUUUUCCACUAGUAUAACGAUUUGUAACUUGACAAGAGAAGAGCGUGAGACAUGUGAGCCUUACGUGAGUGGGGAAAACUCUGUUGAUGCUACAAGAAAGACAUUCAAAGCAUGUUGUUCUGUUAUGGCCAAGGCUGAUCUUGAAUGUUUCUGUCGUUACAAGAAUUCAAUAUUACUUUCUUAUUAUGGUAUUGAUCCUAAACUUGCCCUAGAACUCCCAGUUAAGUGUAAGCUUAGGAAGUCCUUCAAGUGCUAG